GCUCCGGGACCUCUCGCGCUGUCCCCGCUGCUCCUUCCCCGCUGCUCCUUCUCCGCUGCUCCACUGAGCUAUGGCGUUCGUGACCAGGCAAUUCGUGCGUUCCAUGUCCUCUUCUUCCUCUGCGUCGGCGGCUGCCAAGAAGAUCCUGAUCAAGCAUGUGACAGUCAUCGGCGGCGGGCUGAUGGGCGCCGGCAUCGCGCAGGUGGCUGCAGCAACUGGUCACACAGUAGUGUUGGUGGACCAAACAGAAGACAUCCUGGCAAAAUCCAAGAAGGGAAUUGAGGAGAGCCUAAAGAGAAUGGCAAAGAAGAAGUUCACAGAAAACCCUAAGGUGCCUUUGCUGACACAUCUUGCCAAAGUCAUGUCCUGUUCUCGGGUGAACAGGACAUGGGAAAACCUCCAGUAA